AUGCCGAAAAGGUCAAAGCUUGAGUCUUCGUCUUUCGGCAAGCAACCUUGCACUACAAACAAUUCAAGUGGUGUGAUAUCAAGGAUUCCAUUUUCAGACAUAACUAAUGUUCGCAAUCCUGAUACGAAUAAGGAAGCGAAAGAGAGGCGAAGACAACGAAAAAUCUAUUUGGAUUCUCGGAAAAAUCAGUCUCUACGUAGACAUUCUAACGCUCUCAAGAAUGUAUCGUCAGCUUAUAUGUGUUUUAUAUUUAAUGAUUCUCUGCAAGUUUUCAUCCCUAAUCUUACUCAAGAUGAGAGUAAGGAGAGGCGUAAACUUAGAAAAUUAUACAUCGAUGGUAAACGUUAUGGAACGCAAAAAGGUACAUCACAAUCUAUACAUGUUAUAGCAUCUACCUCUGGUUCUUCAUCCAUUCCGCAUGACAUGGUCAAUGUUACAACAGAGGCGUCCAUUGGAUAUGGAGUUUUUGACCCGAGACUUCUUCAAAAUCACUGCAAAGAGAGACGGAGGUUAAGGAAGUUAUAUUUAGACAGUAAUCUUAGUUGUCUUACAAACAACAUGACUACACCAAUAAACAUUCGUCGUUUUUCUCUAUCUUCAAACAUCACAAAUUCUAGCAACACACCUACUAUUCUACAAAGUUCUUCUUUACAGAGGAUGUCGCCGGGAAAACGUAAGUUAUUAAGUAAACCACGAGUUACAACUCCUAUACCAAUGAUCGACUUGACGACAGAGGAAACUACAGAUGAUGCAAUUUACAAAGGAGUUUCAACAGAUUAUUUUGAUCAUGGUGACCAAUGUAUUACUUGUGAAGUAUGCAAUGCUAAAUUAUGGGAUGCUGAAAAAGGAAGGGGAAGAAAAGAGAAAGGAAGAAUAUGCUAUUUCUUAUGUUGUGGUUAUGGCAAAGUAGAGCUACCAGAUUAUAAAGAUGCUGUUCCAAGUUAUAAGAAACUUUUUACGUAUAAGGAUAAAGAAAGCAAACAUUUUUUGAAUAAUAUUCGACGGUAUAACUCCAUGUUUGCUUUCACGUCAAUGGGUGGUAAGGUUGAUCACACUGUCAACAGAGAUUCAGAAAACCAGUUGGUAAAAGCUUAUAGGAUGGUUAGAGACUGUUUUCAUGAAAACCCUGAUCUUAAUCUGAAGCUUCGUCUAAUUGGUAUUAGAGAAAAGGAUGGACGAACGUAUAAUUUACCAACUUGUUGUGAAGUUGCUGCUCUAAUUGUGUGGGAUAUUGCAAACACAAUCAACAAUAGAGAUAUAGUUAUUGAAACGCAGACAGGUACUUUGAAAAGAAUUAGUGAAUUGCAUCCUUCAUACCUUGCACUUCAAUAUCCUAUUUUAUUCCCUUAUGGAGAUGAUGGUUACAGAAUUGACAUCCCUCAUCGAGGUGUCGUAGACGUAAUCAAUAAGAAACGUCCAAAUUGUACAAUGAGAGAGUUUUUUGCAUAUCGUGUGCAAGACAGAAUUAAUCAGUUUUCAUUGAUUCUAAAUUCAAGGAGACUCUUUCAACAAUUCUUGGUUGAUGCGUAUACUAUGAUUGAGAGCGAAAGGCUUAACUACAUACGACUUCAACAAAAGAAUCUAAGGUCAGGUAGCUAUGAAAGUCUAUGUGAAUUAAGAAAUAAGGGCCAGCAAGACAUAUCUAAGGUUGGAAAACGAAUCUUUUUGCCCUCUUCGUUUACUGGUGGCGCUAGAUAUAUGAUGCAAAAUUAUUUAGAUGCCAUGGCUAUCUGUAAGUGGUUUGGUUAUCCGGAUUUUUUUAUAACCAUCACGUGCAAUCCAAAGUGGCCUGAGGUAAAAAGGUUUCUUAGAGACACAAAUCUUAAACCUGAAGAUAGGCCUGAUAUACUGACGAGAUUGUUUAAAAUAAAGUUGGAUUCAAUUUGCAAAGAUUUUAAAGAACGCCAUCUAUUUGGAAAAGUUGCAGCAGUUGUUUACACAAUCGAGUUUCAAAAGAGAGGAUUGCCUCAUGCCCACCUAUGCUUAUUCUUAGAAAAUGAAUCCAAACUUCCAAUGGUAGACCAUGUUGAUCCAUUUAUAACUGCAGAAAUCCCUGAUGAAGAUGAAGAUGCAGAAUUAUAUGCGCUUGUGAAAGACUAUAUGAUUCAUGGUCCAUGUGGUAACGCUAAUUUAAGUUGUCCAUGUAUGGUUGACAAUAAGUGUUCGAAGGGUUUUCCAAAGAAUUUUCAAGAUCAUACUACACUGGAUUCAAAUGGAUUCCCAAUAUACAAAAGAAGAGAUAAUGGUGCUUAUGUAGUAAAAAAUGGAAUCGACUUAGACAACAGAAGUGUUGUGCCAUACAACAAAAAACUUUUGAAACGCUACCAGGCACAUAUAAAUGUUGAGUGGUGCAAUCAAGCCGGAUCAAUUAAAUAUUUGUUUAAAUAUAUAAAUAAAGGCCCUGAUAGAGCAACCGUUGCUGUUGUCCAACAUGAUAAUAACAAUGAACAACUAGAACAAGACGAGGUCAAAGAAUAUUAUGAUUGUAGGUAUAUAUCGGCUUGUGAGGCAUCUUGGAGGAUCUUCGCCUAUGAUGUGCAUUACAGGACUCCUUCUGUUAUGAGGCUGCCUUUCCAUCUUCCCGGAAAACAACAUGUUGUUUUUGGACCCGACGAGGAUAUUAAUCAAGUCCUUAACAAACCAUUUGUCAAAGCUUCAAUGUUUCUUUCCUGGAUGGAACGUAACAAAGACCCGAAUGACACAUUGGCCCGUACACUUACAUAUGUUCAGUUUCCAAGUUGGUAUGUAUGGAAGCUUGAUAAACGUUGUUGGGAACCUAGACAAAGACAUAAGUCAAUUGGGAGAAUUCACGCUGUAAGUCCGUCUCUUGGGGAAGCAUAUUAUUUAAGAAUUCUUCUUAACAAAGUGAAAGGACCAAAAUCUUUUGAUGAUAUUAAAACAGUUGAUGGUAAGGUAUAUGAUACAUUUAGAGAUGCAUGUUAUGCACUCGGUCUUUUGGACGAUGACGCAGAAUACAUUGAGGCAAUCAAGGAAGCAAAUGAAACAGGAUCCCCUUCGUAUCUUCGUAAUUUAUUUGCUACUUUGCUAUUAACAAAUACGUUGUCCAGACCUGAGGUUGUAUGGGAAAGCACAUGGAGAUACAUGACAGACGACUUUAUCUACAGACUUAGAAAAUAUCAUCGUCUUACAGCUUUAUCAAUUCCAGAUCACCAGCUUAAAAACUACGUUUUGAGUGAAGUUGAAAAAUUCUUAGCCAGAAACAACUCAUCACUCAAAAGAUUUGAGACAAUGUCGUACCCAGAUACUGCGUCUAUGUCUGAUUCAGACAAUCGUUUGAUUAACGAGGAGCGUAUCUACGACCAAACGAAUCUUCAAGUUGAAUUUAAUAAUCAACUUAAUUUGCUAACUGAGGAGCAACGGUCAGUUUUCCAACAAAUAAUCAACGCAAUUGAGGGUAACAAAGGUGGGGUUUUUUUUGUGUACGGCUAUGGUGGGACCGGCAAGACCUUCUUAUGGAAGACAUUAUCUGCGGCAAUCAGAUCAAAAGGUCAAAUUGUAUUAAACGUUGCUUCAAGUGGCAUCGCGUCGUUGUUAUUGUCUGGUGGCAGGACCGCGCAUUCCAGGUUUCGUAUUCCAUUGAAUCUUACAGAGGAUUCAGUUUGUCAUAUAAAACCUAAUGGAGAUGUUGCUAGACUACUACACGAAACAAACUUGAUUAUAUGGGAUGAAGCGCCUAUGGUCCAUAAGCAUGCAUUCGAAGCGUUGGAUAGAACAAUGAACGACAUUUUCAAUAUCGAAACUUCAAACAGAUCAAACAUCCGCUUUGGAGGGAAGGUUAUUGUUUUAGGAGGCGAUUUUAGACAGAUCCUUCCUGUUGUUCCAAAUGGUGGAAGACAAGAGAUUGUGAAUGCCUCAAUAAGUUCGUCUUAUCUGUGGAAUACAUGUAAGUUGCUGAGAUUAACAAAAAACAUGAGGUUAACAGUUGGAAGUUCAGCAUCGGACGCUGAAGAAAUAAAACAAUUUGCCAAAUGGCUUUUGGAUAUAGGUGAGGGAAAUGUUGGUGGUCCAAAUGAUGGAGAAGCGUCAAUUGAAAUACCAAGCGACCUUCUAAUCACUGAUACAUCGGAUCCCAUUUCAACUUUAAUUGAUUUUGUGUAUCCUUCAAUUCUCGAAAACUUCAACAAUCAGAAUUAUUUCAGUGAGAGGGCUAUAUUUGCACCUAAGAACGAGGUUGUGCAUGAAAUUAAUGAUCGGUUGUUGUCACUAUUCCCAGGCGAAGAACGAGAGUAUCUUAGUUCAGACAGUCUUUGUCAGUCUGAAAAUCCAAACGCUACACAACAAAAACUAUACUCUCCUGAUGUGCUUAACGGUCUUAAAGUAUCCGGCUUACCUAAUCAUAGGCUAGCACUAAAAGUAGGCGUGCCGGUGAUGCUAUUACGUAACAUUGACCAACAAAAUGGGCUUUGCAAUGGUACACGACUACAAAUCAAAAAAAUGUAUAACCGUGUAAUAGAAGCCGAGAUAAUAUCCGGAGGGAACAUAGGCACUCGCACUUAUAUACCAAGGAUUAGUUUGAUACCUUCUGAUAAAAAAAUUCCUUUUGAAUUUCAAAGGAGACAAUUUCCGUUGGCUGUUUGUUUCGCAAUGACUAUUAACAAGAGUCAGGGACAAUCACUGUCUAGAGUUUUUCUGUAUCUGAAACAACCAGUUUUCACCCAUGGUCAGCUGUAUGUUGCUUUAUCAAGAGUUAAAACCAGACAAGGAGUUAAACUUCUGAUUUUGGACAAUGACGGCAAACCUACUAAUAAAACGACAAAUGUAGUUUACAAAGAAGUAUUUCAUGACUUGUGA